UUACAAUGUCACAGCACACGAGUUUAGCAUUAGGCUUGUGGAACAAUUUGUGUUUAUUAUAAUUCUAUUUCUGGGGAUAAUUUAUGACAUUAAUCAUGGUCCAAAGCUGAAUGUUUGCACUUCGGUUCUGCUGUGUGAGUAGGUUGAAUAUAUGUUUUGUAUUAGUGCAAAUAUUAUUUAUUUCAAUCAUGGAUAAAUACUAAAUUUAGUAGACUGUUUAUGUGGUAGCAUGUGAUUAUUACAGUUGCUGAACACAUGUGAUUUUACAAAACCCUGCGUAUUUUUGUACAAAGCUUUCUCGUUAAGUAAUAUAAUACCUGGGGGCUCCCGAGUGGCGCAUCCAGUAAAGACGCUCCGCGCGGAGUGCAGGAUGUGCCCUAUAGCCUGGAGAACAUUUAUUAUUCAAAAUAAUUGUAUAUGGUUGAAGUAUUAGAUUAUAAUUAAAAUGAGUCUUUAUCGCCAUUGCUUAAUAAAAAGCAUGAAGGUCUCAAGAAGUGAUUUCUCCAGACUGCUCCACAGGAAGAGUGCAUUCCGCUGCAGAAGUUUCUCCUCGCUGAUUUCCAGUCGAACCAGUUUCGAUUUAGGACGUUCACCUGCCCGAGACAGUUCCCACAAUAAAGACUAUUAUUACAUCACCACUCCAAUCUUCUAUGUUAACGCAGCCCCCCACAUCGGGCAUUUGUACUCUGCCGUCAUAGCGGAUUGUCUGCACAGGUACAAGCGGUCACCAGUUGUCCAGGCGCACAGGUUUACAGCAGGAUACAAGCACUACAGCAACCCUGCAGGCUGGCUCGCUCAGGUAGAGUGGAUGAAGGAGGAGAACUACAUGUUCCGCCUGUCAGAAUUCAGACCUGCACUGCUCCAGUGGCUCAGAGAGAACCCCAGAGCUGUGCGCCCCACAAAGUUCUACAACAUCGCCCUCCAGUGGCUGCAGGAAGAUCUGCCUGAUCUUUCAGUGUCCCGCCAAAGAGACCGCCUCCAGUGGGGUAUCCCAGUCCCAGGGGACCCUGGGCAGACAAUAUACGUGUGGCCGGAUGCUUUAGUCAACUACCUCACUGUAGCAGGCUACCCUGAGGGGCACUCUCAGUGGUGGCCCGCAGCCCGUCACGUGGUAGGCAAAGACAUCGUCAAGUUCCACGCAAUAUACUGGCCAGCUUUCCUCAUGGCUGCCGGUGUGCCUCUCCCUCAGGCUAUUUAUGUGCAUUCUCAUUGGACAGUCAGCGGGCAGAAGAUGUCAAAGAGUCUGGGGAACGUGGUGGAUCCCUUAGAGAGGUCUCAACAGUAUACAGCAGAUGGGCUUAGGUAUUUCCUUCUAAGGCAGGGAGUCCUGGACACAGACUGCGAUUAUUAUGAUGACAAGGUAAUCAAACUUCUCAACUCCGAGCUGGCAGAUACCUUGGGGGGUCUUCUUAAUCGUUGCACCACUCCAAGCAUUAACCCCAAGCAAGUAUACCCCUCUUUCUGUGGUCUCUGCUUCCCGACGGAAUAUGUGAGGGGUUCACCCGAGAGAAGAGCAGUUCCUGAGGACUACAGGCUGGUGGAGUCAGUCUCUCGGCUGUCGGCUGAGGUUGAACACCACUUUGAAAACCUCCAGAUCUACAAGGCCUUGGAAACUGUCAGCCACUGUGUCCGACAGACCAACGUCUUCUUUCAAAGGCACGCACCCUGGAAGCUUGAUAGGAACAACCCCCAGGACCGGCGCUGGCUGGAUACCGUCCUUCACGUUGCCCUGGAGUGCCUGCGGGUUUACGGCACCCUCUUGCAGCCAGUGGUGCCCAUGACAGCGGAUAUGCUCCUCUCCAGGCUUUCAGUGGAGCCCAGCAGAAGGGGCUGGGAGGACCUGAACUUCCUGACCAGGUAUCAGGGAGAGAACUGUCCAUUCAAAGGACGGACUUUGGGUCCUGACACUGGCAUCCUAUUUAGCAGACUAGACAGGACAGAGAAAGCUGAAUGCAAACCCAAGAAAUCAAAGAAAGUGAAAUGAACCAUUUUUAUAUAUUUUUAUAAUAUGUUUAUAUGUUUUUAUUUUGUAUUGUACCUUCUGUAAUAUGCACACUUUUUAUGUGCCAGUGUCAUAUUAAAAUAAUCUUUUGGUAAAUGGAGUGGUUAUAAAUAAACAUGCAGUGUGGAA